AGAGAGACAGAAGGAGAGAGACAGAAAGGAGAGAGUCAAAAAGGAGAGAGACAGAAAGGAGAGAGACAGAAAGGAGAGAGACAGAAAGGAGCGAGACACAAGGAAGAGAGACAGAAGGGAGAGAGACAGAAAUGAGAAAGACAGAAAGGAGAGAGACAGAAGGAAGAGAGACUGAAGGGAGAGAGACAGAAAGGAGAGAGAAAGAAAGGAGAGACUCAGAAAGGAGAGAGACAGAAAGAAGAGAUUCAGAAAGGAGAGAGACAGAAGGGAGAGAGACAGAACGGAGAGAGAAAGAAAGGAGAGAGACAGAAGGGAGAGAGUCAGAAGGUAAGGAGACAGAAAGGAGAGAGUCAGAAAGGAGAGACUCAGAAAGGAGAGAGACAGAAAGGAGAGAAUCAGAAAGGAGAGAGUCAAAAUGGAGAGAGACAGAACGGAGAGAGAAAGAAAGGAGAGAGACAGAAGGGAGAGAGACAGAACGGAGAGAGACAGAAGGGAGAGAGACAGAAGGGAGAGAGACAGAACGGAGAGAGAAAGAAAGGAGAGAGACAGAAGGGAGAGAGUCAGAAGGGAGAGAGACAGAACGGAGAGAGAAAGAAAGGAGAGAGACAGAAGGGAGAGAGUCAGAAGGGAGAGAGACAGAACGGAGAGAGAAAGAAAGGAGAGAGACAGAAGGGAGAGAGUCAGAAGGGAGAGAGACAGAAGGGAGAGAGUCAGAAGGUAGAGAGACAGAAGGUAGAGAGACAGAAGGGAGAGAGUCAGAAGGUAGAGAGACAGAAAGGAGAGACUCAGAAAGGAGAGACUCAGAAAAGAGAGAGACAGAAAGGAGAGACUCCGAAAGGAGAGAGACAGAAGGGAGAGAUUCAGAAAGGAGAGAGACAGAAAGGAGAGUAAGAAAGGAGAGACUCAGAAAGGAGUUAGACAGAAAGGAGAGACUCAGAAAGGAGAGAGACAGAAAGGAGAGAGACAGAAAGGAGAGAGACAGAAGGGAGAGAGACAGAAGGGAGAGAGAAAGAAAGGAUAGAGACAGAAGGGAGAGAGCCAGAAGGUAGAGAGACAGACGGUAGAGAGACAGAAAGGAGAGAGACAGAGGCGAGAGAC